UAGGUGACAGCACAGCCAAAAUGUUGUGUUUUUCUUUUCUUCUCUUUUCAGCAUGAAAUAAACCUUAAUUUGUUCCUUUACAUAUUUGCUGUCUGUACUUUAUAUCCAGAAUAAAGACUAUGUGACAUUGUAGUGUAUAAAGUCCUGGGAUCUCCAGAGCUGGACCUGGUGACCCCCAGCCCACUUGGCCUUUAGGUCACCUGCUUUGACAUCACCUGAAGAAUCGAGUAAGGAAUCUUUUCAGUUCAGAGAUCUCUGAUCAUUUAGGGCUAAAGAGUACUGAGAUUUUCCAUCUAAAUGAUCUCUAUUUUAUUUAUUUUAACAAAUGCAAUUGUUCACAAUGGAAUUAUUCCAUAUCUUUAGAAAUUGGUGAUUUAAUGGUGACCUGCAAAACCCCUUGGACUGGGGCUCUCCGGGAUCAGGGUUAAUAAUCCCUGCUUUAGCCUAAGGGCUGUGUCUGUGUGGAGGAACAUGCCUGUGUUCAUGUGGUGAUUGCUGUCUGUGUACAUAUACAGUAUAAUGACCUCUGUGUGUUGACUGUCGGUGCUGACCAGCUCAGUAUGGAGAGCUGCUGGGUGGGCUCCCUAGGGUGUCCGCAGGCGGAGUUCUCCUCCACGAUCCAGGACGCCAUCGCCACCGAGAGCGCCCUCUUCAUCCGGCAGAAUCAGCUCGUGCACCAGUUCACUGGGAACUUCUCCCUGCUGCCCCUGAACACUCCCCCCUCAGUGUACUGGAAGAGGGUGCUGCAGGGGCUGUGUGUGUCCAAGCUGGUCCCGGUGACCUACCCUCACCACGGGAGGGAGUACUUCUACAUCCUGGGGGGCGGCUGGCAGCGGGGACACAUCUACCGCGCUCAGAUACAGGAUGGGGACGUGGAGUUCACUCAGCUGCUGGACUCCGAGGGAAGGACGCCGUGUCAGUUUCUGCAGCGGGACUGUCUGCUGCUGUGGGCCUCUCUGGAUCACCUGCACGUGCUGGUCGACAUCAUCCUCCUGGAGCUGCUGCCGGAGGAGGGCCUGGACCGUGCCUACCAGCUCCUGCUCUGCUAUGAGAGUUUCCAUCUUGGAGCCGCUCUGCCUAAAUUCCUUCCCAGAGAAAAUGGCUUGCAGCAGUUUGUCAUGGUGACGGGCUCAACGCAAUACAGUGACAUCCCCCUGCUGCUCAGGGGCAUCAACUUCAACCCCUUCAGCAGGGUCCUGUUCCUGUGGGGUAACGCGCUCCUCUGUUCCUUCGACGUGGGUUUCAGUUACAUGUUCCUCACUGGCUUCCCCAGUGACCAGCGGAUCAAAUACUUCACCCUGUCUCUGACCGGAGAAUUCACCUUUGUCACUGACUCUGAGCAGGUGUGGUGGGGUCAGGAGAGGAUGCCCACUGUGGUGAGCGUGCGUCCCUCAGCAGCCUGGGAUGCCUUCUCCAGCCUGCAGAGCCUGAAGGGGUGGGGAAGCUACCAGUGUGCUCACAGCCUGGUCACCGUCUUCUACGACUCUGAAAAACUUCUGCAGGAGCUCGUGUACACAGUGGACUCAGCUGGCCGGGGUUCCCUGGUGAAGAGGAGACUGCCUGUUCCUGAGAUCCUGUCCCACUACCACUUCUCCCAGUCUCCCUACAGCUCUCAGCACACUGAGCAGUCCAGUGAGUUUAUGUUCGAGCGCCUGUGCCCGUUUUUCUCGAUGCGAGUGGAGGAGGCCCCCCCCCCGGAGCUGUUCAGCCGUGUCCAACACUAUCGGGCUGAGCCACCCACUGUCCUACGCUCCCCCGGCCUGCACUCCAUCUCCUCGCUCGCGGUCUACCAGGGCCUGCUGCACCAGCUGCUCUGGCUACACGCCUCCUACAACAGGCCCUACGGAGAUCCAGUUCACGACCCGACCUGGCGCUGGUGGAAGAAUAAGGUGGUGUAUGAGGAUUAUUAUUUCUACUUGGCCAGUAACCGGCUGUCCAGCGGGGGUGUCUACGUGUCCAUGCAGGAUUACGCCAAGGUGUACAGCAGCCCAAGCACCAAGCCCCUGCCUGACCGCAUCUACCUGGACAGGGGGACGAGCUACAGCUUCUCAGUCUACCUCACUGCCAGCCUCUCUCAGACAGAUGCCAGCUUCGUGCAGGAGACGCUUGGUCAGAUGUGGCUCUCAGCAGGGGUGUCCGACGCCAGUUUCAUCUUGGUCAAUAUCCAUAGGCAGGAAAUUAUCGGCCGAGCGGCUGUCCUGUACAGGGUGCAGGUCAGCGACCAGGGCAAAUUUCCAGGCCAGGCUCUGACAGGACAGGAUCUCAUGGUCUUUACACUGUUUCUGUCGGUUGUGCAUUCGGAGCUACACUGCUACCAGCAGACUGAGUCAGGGCUCUCUUUCCAGGGGCAGGAGAAGGUGCCAGUGUAUAUCGGUUGUCCUCCGGGUCGUCGGCUGGUGUUUGACGUGUCCUCCACCCUGCGGCACGGCACCAAGCUCAACAAGCGCUACUUCAACUGCCCCAAACCCGACCCUGAGAGACCUUGCUUCUACUAUGAGGACACCUUCUAUCCGUUCUUCCUGAUCCAGGACAUGGUGUCUGGGGAGUCUGGACGCUUCCUGGGCAGUUACACCUUCAAAGUGGUGGGUGGAGGACCUUACUCCUACGACAAUCUGCGCAACUACACUGUCGAGGAGGUGCUGAGGUACAAUAGCCUCAACCACAGUUCAGAAAUGGCGCUGGUGUGGAUGAUGGCGGAUGAGUCUGGCCGUCCCUUCAACACCACAGAGGAGGGCUUUCCGAUCUUACAGGGUGCCUCCAGCAGCAUUGGGUGGAUUUGUCAGAGGAAUUCUCCUUGCACUGACAUUCCUGUCACCGGCCUCAUGGCCCCCGAGUUCUUCUUCCUCAUAGAAGUGUCCAACAGGGGUGUGGAUGUCAGUACGUACUGUGACUACGCUCUGCAGUUUGUCAUCCACGUGCACGGCCUGCCUCUGGACCCCUACCGAGGGCUCUUCCACAUGCUGGUGACCCUGGGCGUGCUGUGGGCCGUGCUGUUCUCCUUCAUCGUUUACCGCUGCUGUGGGCCUUGGCUCAAGUCCCACCUGACCUCCUUCUUCCGCCACAUCCGGGGCACAAUCGAUAAGCAUCGCGGUUCUGAGGUGUUUCCGGUGCACAGUGAGACUGGCGUGUGGGAAGAUGGCCCCUCCAAUCUGCCCGCACACUGAUUUCAGAAUAAACGUUUGGAUUCUUCAUCCCACCAAGGCCUUCUCACUAUUGGCUGAGACACCUGCCAUUCCUGCUCACCUGAGACGGGAUUGGCCCUUGCGCUGGCGGAGCCCUCUCUGUGGCAUCAGACGCAGUUUCACACAGUGGGGGUCCUCGUGUUCUUGUCGUUUUUCAUAUAAAGGAGUGUCAGUGUGUUCAAAACUCUUUACUUUAUACAAAACAAACCCAACACUAGCUGUCACUGUGAGUCCCUUUACAUACCACGCCAAUCUAAAUUAACUGCUUGUGAGAAUCUGGCUCUCAGUCCUCCACCAGUUGACUCUUUAUCCCAAUCAAUGCGCACCACUUGAUUGCGUACUAUACCAGAUACAGUGAUAUGUGAACUUAUAUACAAACAAUUCACACCUAUCGACCUCUGUGGCAGAUCAGCAGACAUUGCUAUCCUCAUGACUCCUAGCCUGCCCUGUGUUCCCCACAGGAGAGCUGUGUAAUUAUUAUAUGUCCCUUAUAGGAAGGCUGUAAAAGUGGUUCUUUGUUCUCAUAGCUUGCCAGUGAUAAAGAAGUGUGGUGUUUAAUGAGGACUGUUCAUUUUCUGAGUUUAUUUUCCUGCUACUAAAAAGGCCAUAAAUUGUGUUUCUGUUCACUAGAUCCCAGUUUA